AUAUUUUAAUCAGUCUAUGAGCAGCAUUGAGGCUACUCGCUCAAAACCUUCACGAAUUCAUAGAGGAAACACCAAUAUAAUUAUUCCACUGGCCUCAACUCGACUACCUACACAAUAAAGCUAUCCUCAACAUAAAAAUAAAGAUUCAACGACGAGCUGGUUCGACGUAGGUAUACUUAUAUUAUAUGUAACGACCGAAGGAAACAACGAACUUACCUUCUUUCUGUGCCUUCGUGUAAUGAUUUCAGAAUAGUAGUUAAUUGUAUUCCUUAUUUACUGUGAGGUCCCAGCAAGACAGUUUAAUAAUACCAAUCUUAACGAUCUUCUAAACGGUAUACAAAAACUCAAGAACAAGUUGAAAAUGACUACAAUCAUGGCAUGCUAUAGCAUAGUAACGGAAAAAGUUAUUAAUGACGAUAAUUUGGCUGAUGCAACAUUGAAAUUGAUGUCUACAACACCACUUUAUGAGAAAGUCAUGUAUGUUUAUGACUUGAUGGAGUCAAUACAAGCUUUUCCACCUAUACGUGAAGUUAAAAAGAAUUCCAAAGUAUCUGAUGACUAUCGAAAUAAAGGAAAUAUAUGCUUACAGAAUAAAAAACAUUAUGAGGCGUGGCAGUACUAUAACCUUUCUCUGCUCCAUGCUCCAUUAGAGUCGAAAAGCUAUAUCCUUGCUUUAGCUAAUAGAUCUGCCGUAUUUUGUGCGUUGAAGAAAUAUAAAUCUUGUCUCGAAGAUAUAGAAGUCAUAUUCUCAAUGAAUUGCCCUAAGGAAGUGAAAGAAAUAUUAAUUAAUCGAAAAUUGCAAUGUCAGAAGAUGCUACCUUCGGAAAAUCAAUAUAAAGAAGAGGAUUAUUCUCAUAUUUUCCGGUUGUUGUGCCAACGGAAUACUAGAUAUCCAUGUGCUAGCGAAAAAGUUCAUGUACAGUGUAGUAAAGAAAUGGGUAGGCAUCUUGUGGCAUCAGAAGAUAUCAAAGCAGGAGAAGUUCUUAUCACAGAAAAACCAUACUGUAAGAUUGUAUUGAGAAAUCAGAGAUUAUUUUGCUGUAGUUACUGUCUCGCAACGGCGGAUAACAUAAGCCCGUGCGACUACUGUUGUUUUGAUCUCUACUGUAGUCGUGAAUGCAAAACUGCCGCUUGGGACGCUUUUCACUCUGUUGAGUGCCCUAUAACGGCCUCGUUGGUGGACCUACAAUUUAAUAAUAUUGAGUUGCUAGCUCUCCGAACAGUAAUCAAGGCUCGAACCGAUCAUAAGGACUGGAGUAGUUUAAUUAAAACAAUAGAAGACACGGAGGCUUUAACAGAUACGAAACUUCGGGGUCAUGUGGAAGUUGAACCGGGAAAGUGGGUUUAUGAUGCCAAGCACUACGCUUCCGUGCAUGCUUUGUGUACUAACAUAGAGAAGCGCGACGUCCUAGAUAUGAUGGACAAGUGUGUUACGGCUGCAGUGUUUCUCUACAUGCUAACAAAUAUGACCACAUUCUUUAAAUCCGAAGACAUGCAAAACAUUGAUAAAGUCCGUCAAACUGUCGCUGAGCUGCUUUGUUUGCAUUGCAUGACGAGCCCCACAAAUGCACAUACUAUUGACACGUACAUUCAAACCCGGGACGGAUACUUUGAGGAAGAAUUGCGCAUCGGCAGCGCCUUUUUCCCAGUGCUGAGCCUCUGCAACCACUCCUGCUCUCAGAACGUCACCAGAUACAACCGGCUCAGCUCAGGGGAAAUCACGCUGUUAGCAGUCAGACCUAUUAAGAAAGGCGAGCAGCUGUUUGAUACAUAUGGAUUCCACCACGCAGUAGACAGCAGGACAUCACGUCAAGCUACCUUAUUGAACCAGUACAUGUUCACAUGCAACUGUGCCGCAUGCGUCAACGACUGGCCGCAUUUCACCCGCCUUAAACCUUCCAAAAACAUCCCCAAGCCAUUACUGAAAUACAAAAAGCUUCUCCUCAGUAAAGAGACCAUGAGAAAGUUGGAAAAGGGCGACAAAAAAACUGCCAGUGCUUUUUACAAAAUGAUUUGCGACUUAGCAGAGCUUUUAGAGCAAUAUGCACCGAGCUUGGAGUUUGAUGAUUGUCAGGAGUGUAUCAAGCACUGUUUGAGCAUAUUUAAUGGAUUUAUGCCUGAAGGAUACAAUAAAGAAAUUCAGUGGGAUGCUGUGCCGUCUAUGUAACUAAAU